AUGAGUUAUUUUCACACUGAGUAUCGCAAGUUCCUGGCGAACCCUAGGUCCGCCAAGGUCGCUGCCAAUCUCACGUUGAUCUAUGUCCCUUCAACUACUAGAUUCGACGGCAGUGAUGCGGUACUGACCCAUCUGACGAAACAAACCGCCAUUGUCAAGAAGAACGCUGAGAACAUCAUCAAUGCCAUUGAAGCUUCGGACUCGUUGGUGUUGGAUGUCGAGACAACACUGGAAUUCCUGGAGGGUGGCGGGGCCUAUCUCCCCUCGUUGAGCGAUAAUUUCCUGGCCGACCGCGUCGUGACCAUCCCCACGCUCCACAUCGUCCGGUGGAACGCCGAAAACGAGAUCCAGCAGGUGCGCAUCUACUGGGAUCAGGGCUCGCUCUUGAAGGAGGUAGAAAUUAUCGGCGCGCGUAGUCGUGCCUGGCCCAUUCGCUCUGGCCAGGAGCAGACCCGUUUGCUGAGAUCCGCUGCGAAUGCGCAAUCCGCUCCCCCACCCACCGCUCAAUUCCAGAAUUCCCAAAAGGAGCUUCCUGCGCGACCGGGUUCCCCUGGAAAACGCCACAUUAGAGACCCUUACGGCGCUGGCUCCCUCACCGACCUCCUCUCGCCCAAUAAGACCGCAGCAGAGCAUGAACAGAGAGAAUAUGUUCCCCGACCGGCCUCCCCUGGCAAGAAACACGCUAAGGAUCCGUACGCGACCGGGUCCUUAACCGAACUAUUGUCGCCUAGCAAAGCCGCCCCCGCUCCGAUCAACCCCUAUGCACCUUCAGCUUCGAGACCUCCCCCCCGCGACCUUUCCGAUAUUUUCAUCGACGAAGAAGCUCCCAGUACACCUUCAAAGCCCGAGAGAAUCAUUGCCCCCAAGGGUGCUGCCAGAUACCACGAGAACGACAUGGAAUACAACUUGGAUCAAGACCGGGCUGCAUACAAGUCUAACCCCAAGCGCUUCAAUCACUUUGAGCUUGGUGCCGAUGAUGCCGAUUUGGAGGUGAACGCGAGAAAGACUGCAGCCAAGAGCGGCGCUGGUGAAACCGAGGACAGCAGCAAUCUAUACAACUUGGACCAAAGCCGAGCUGCAUACAAGUCUAAUCCCAAGCGGUUUAACCACUUCGAGAUUGGUGACGACAGUGCUGAUGCGGAGGUGGCCCAGAAAGUACCUGCAGCCAAGAGCGGUGCUGGUCAAACCCAGCAGGACAGCAAUCAAUACAACUUGGACCAAAGCCGUGCUGCAUACAAGUCUAAUCCCAAGCGGUUUAACCACUUCGAGAUUGGUGACGACAGUGCUGAUGCGGAGGUGGCCCAGAAAGUACCUGCAGCCAAGACCGGUGCUGGUCAAACCCAGCAGGACAGCAAUCAAUACAACUUGGACCAAAGCCGUGCUGCAUACAAGUCUAAUCCCAAGCGGUUUAACCACUUCGAGAUUGGUGACGACAGUGCUGAUGCGGAGGUGGCCCAGAAAGUGCCUGCAGCCAAGACCGGUGCUGGUCAAUCCCAGGAGAACCGAACUACUCAAGAAAACAUUGAUCCUUCCCGUGCCCCAUGCCAAGUCCACAAGGGGCGAUUCGAUCACUUCGAGAUCGGUGAUCAAGCCACCCCUCAGAAGCCCGGUGCUAAGAAGCCCCCUGUUGAACAUGUGAACAAGCCUCGUCGUGACGCGGAUGUGCACUUCGACAUCAAUGAGCACAGCGAAGAGGAAGGAGGUCGUAUCAUCAGCUCCUUCGGAGGCCGAGGCCAGGGUCUGUACAAGAACACCCUAUUCAGCGGCCAAGACGAGGAGAGCUCGGCGCCCUUGUCGCAGUUGGCCAACAACACCAACCGACAGAAGAACUCCGACGUCCACUGGACAAUGAGCGGACUCUCCCCUGCUCCCAAGUCCGACGUUGAACAUGCUCCCGAGAACCACGACAAGGCUGUGAAGAUGAUGGAGUCUUCAUGGGAUAACUAUGACGAAUCUCCUGAACCUGUUCGCACUGCGACAGCAUUGAAGAACCCUACCCGUCACAACCAGCCGUCGUGGACCUUUGGCCAGUAA